AUGGCCGAGAAAACCGACCAGCCCAAGAGCGAGCCAGAGGCACCAAUGCUAACGGACUUUUACCCAAUAAUAGGUAAAGGAAAUAUUGGCCAGGACGCCACCGAAUACGUCGAUGGCGAGAUCGUCCGUGAAGGCCCCUACGGCGACCAAGGUGAUGGCGCUUACUCCGCCGGCGUGAGUACCUCUCACCCCACCAAACCCCAAUCCGCAACUUCCACUGAUGCACCCGAUUCUACCCAGCGAGGCGGCGCAGGAAACAUCGGCUCCCCAAUGGUCCGACCCCAGUCCAGGGCUCCCCAUGACGCCGAGAUGAUCCCCGAGCUUGCAGUGCGCGACUCAACCGAUGAAACAUACCACACCGGGCGUGGUGGACAGGGAAAUGUUCAUCUUGAUGCGGCUUCGCUCAAGGAGAAGAAAGAGAAGAAGGUUGCGCAUGAAGGGUUGGCCGACAAGUUGAAGUAUAAGUUGCUGGGGCGGAAAUAG